AUGGCACCGGAACACUCCAAGGUUGAUGUGUUGAUUGUAGGUGCUGGUCCAGCUGGGCUGAUGGCCGCAACCUGGAUGGCGCAGUGUGGUAUCAACACCAGGAUAAUUGAUAAACGAGGAACCAAGAUCUUUAGCGGGCAAGCAGAUGGACUACAGUGUCGGACUCUAGAAAUUUUUGAUUCUUUCGGGUUUGCUGAUCGAGUAUGGAAAGAGAGUAAUCAUAUGCUUGAAAUUUGUCUCUGGAAUCCUGAUGAAGAUGGCCGUAUCAGGCGCUCGGAUAGAAUUCCAGACACCAUUCCUGGCAUUAGUCGUUUUCAGCAGGUUGUUUUGCACCAAGGACGUAUCGAACGUUUCUUUCUUGAUUUCCUGAAGGAGAACAGCGACAUAAGAGUCGAGCGAGGAGUUCUUCCCGAGACUUUCAAGUUCGAUGAAUUUUUGGCCGAGGACCACGAAGCAUAUCCGAUUGAAGUCACCCUACAGCACCUGUCGGAAGAGGAAUUGAAUCCUGAUCAAAGCCAAAUGACCAAAGGAGCUGCGAAGUCGGAUGGAUUAUUUAGAAGUAACAUGGCUGCCGACGAUACUGAUGAACUUCUGGACAGAGCUUCGAAGAAUGGCAGAGCUGGCACUCGUGAAACCUUGAAAGCCAAGUACAUGAUUGGGUGUGAUGGAGCACAUUCUUGGACUCGAAGACAGCUGGGUUAUCAACUGGAGGGAGAGCAAACUGAUUUUAUCUGGUGGGAUAUCCGCAUAAUAAGUGGUGAUAGUGCUAAUCUGUCAAAAUUUAGGGGCGUGCUUGAUAUUAUACCGAUCACAGACUUUCCUGACAUCCGUAUGAGAUGUGCUAUUCAUUCCGCAAAUUCAGGAAGCGUCAUGGUAAUCCCAAGAGAAAACAAGCUUGUUCGUCUAUAUAUCCAAAUGACCACCACCGAAAAGGGUGGCGGCAAGCCGCUCAAGGUCGAUCGCUCAAAUAUAACACCACAAAUGAUCCUCGAAUGUGCUCAAAAGACAAUCGCACCUUACAAGCUGACUUACAACUACUGCGACUGGUGGACCGCGUAUCAAAUUGGUCAACGAAUCUGUCCCUCAUUCUCGGCAAACGAACGUAUCUUUCUCGCGGGUGACGCAGUACACACACAUUCGCCAAAAGCGGGACAAGGAAUGAAUGUAUCUAUGCAAGAUACCUACAACUUAGGAUGGAAGAUAGCCUCCGUGCUGAAAGGAACAGCUCAUCGCUCCAUCUUGAAGACCUACCAAUCCGAACGCCAUCGUAUUGCUCAAGAUCUCAUUGACUUUGACCACAAAUUCUCACGUCUCUUCUCUGGUCGCCCUGCUAAAGAUGUAAUGGACGAAGCGGGAAUCAGCAUGUCCGAAUUCAAAUCCGCCUUUGAAAAGGGAAAUUUGUUCGCCAGUGGCGUAGCAGUUGAUUAUGGUGCCUCCAUCUUGGUAGCCAAAGAGGGCAAUCCUCAAGACGGAGCCAACGGAACCAACAUCGGCAUCUCCGCAUCUAGUGUUCACGGCAAACCUGAAGUCGCAAAGAACAUCAAGAUGGGCAUGCGCUUCCCCAGCUUCCAAGUCCUCAAUCAAGCUGAUGCCCGCCCGUGGCAAUUCCAAGAACGCCUCAAAAGCGACGGACGCUGGCGUCUCAUCCUCUUCGCAGGCAACAUCUCCAACCCUCCACAAAUGACACGCAUCACGAACUUAUGCGCCAAUCUCAGCCCGAUAAUAAAAAGAUAUACUCCUGCAGCCCAACCCAUCGAUUCCCGCAUCGAGAUCUUGACACUACAUUCCGCGCCACGCGCCAGCACCGAACUCUUCUCCUUCCCAGAGUUACUUCGUCCGCUCAGUGACGAGGGCUGGGACUACUGGAAGAUUUUCGUGGAUGAUGAGAGCUAUCAUGAGGGUCAUGGGCGGGCGUAUGAGGGAUAUGGUGCUGAUGCUGAGAGGGGCUGCUUGGUUGUUGUGAGGCCGGAUGGGUAUGUGGGGUGGGAGGGGGAGAUUGAGGAUAUUGAGGAUAUUGGCAGGUAUUUUGAGGGGUUUAUGGUUGUGCAGAGGUAG